CCACUUCUUGGACCCCUCCUCCUCCUUCGUUCUCACCACAUCCGUGACGCUCUUUCUCCAUCCCACUCUGCGACACGACAAGAAUAUUCCGCCCUAGCGGCGGGUGCCGCUCCUUGCCUCGCCUCACCUCUUCUCAGACCCCAAUCGCCCAUCAUGCCGUCCUCAUAUAGCAGCCGCGACAUCGAGAUGAGCAUGUUCCCCAUCAAGGAGGACUCGUUGGCCCCCGCCAGCAGCUACACCAUGCGCGAGCCUCUAUACGACGACGAAACGCAGCCGAGCAUGCUGGGCCAAUUCUUCGACGGCUUCCGACGCGACCCCACCCAGCGCAUCACGCCGAAGGACCCCUUGGACGAGAUACACGCCGCCGAGGCGGCGCAUCUCUAUCGCCCCAUGAUCGCGAGGAACGGCUCCGGAUCGCAUUACUACGACUUGCGGCUGGCUACCCUGCAAACUGCCCAGUCACAUCUCGCCAGGAAACUGAAGGGAAGGCAUCUGCAAAUGAUUGCUAUAGGCGGUUCUAUCGGAACUGGUCUAUUUGUUGCGUCUGGCCGUGCCCUCGAGAGCGGAGGCCCGGCUUCUGUCCUUCUCGCGUAUUUCAUCAUUGGUACCAUGUUGUACUGUACCGUUCAGGCGCUAGGCGAAUUGGCUGUCUCGUUUCCCGUUGCUGGCUCCUUUUCCGCCUAUUCGACUCGUUUCCUUCACCCCUCAUGGGGAUUCGCUAUGGGCUGGAACUACGCCUUGCAAUGGAUGGUUGCCCUUCCCCUUGAAGUCAUAUCAGCGUCUAUUGUUACUACGUACUGGAACUCGAAUCUGAACAAGGCCAUCUUCGUUACCAUAUUUCUUUUAGCUAUCAUACUCAUCAACUUGUGUGGGGUCAAAGGCUACGGUGAGGCCGAGUUUAUAUUCGCCAUUGUUAAAGUUGUUGCCGUUAUUGGCUUCAUCUUGCUGGGUAUUGUACUCAAUAUUGGCGGUACCCCAGGAGAGGGAUAUAUCGGAGGCCGCUACUGGAGAGACCCCGGCGCCUUUCAUAAUGGCUUCAAGGGUUUAUGCAGCGUUUUUGUCACUGCUGCCUUCGCUUUUGCAGGCACUGAACUGGUUGGUCUUGCCGCCGCCGAGACGGCGAAUCCAAGGAAAUCCCUGCCCACGGCCAUUAAGCAGGUGUUUUGGCGCAUUACUAUAUUCUACGUGGUUGCUCUCACGCUCAUUGGUCUCCUCGUGCCCUAUAACGAACAACGUCUCCUCCUCAACGACGACCAACCGGCGAGGGCAUCGCCCUUCGUCAUCGCUAUUGAGAACGCCGGCAUCGAAGUCCUUCCUUCCAUCAUGAAUGUGGUUAUCCUCAUUUCUGUAAUCUCAGUUGGGAAUUCGUCUGUAUUCGGGUCUUCCCGGACCCUUGCAGCGUUGGCUGACCAGAACCAAGCACCCCGGAUCUUAUCCUACGUCGACCGGAAGGGACGACCCUUGGUUGCCAUCAUAGUCUCAUCUUCGGUAGGCCUGCUCUCCUAUCUCGCCGACCUUAAGCAGGAGGGCGAGGUCCUCGACUGGCUCGUCGCCAUCUCCGGCCUGUCCUCCAUCUUCACCUGGGCCUCGAUCUGUCUCGCACACAUCCGCUUCCGCCAGGCAUGGGCCUACAAGGGCCACAAAGUCUCGGAGCUCGCCUUCCACUCACAAGUCGGCGUCCUCGGCUCCUGGGUCGGCCUCAUCAUCAACAUCCUCAUCCUGGUCGCGCAGUUCUGGAUCGGCGCGUGGCCCGUCAAUUAUACGGAAAUGACCUCUGCCGAGCUCGCCAAGAGCUUCUUCCUCGUCUACCUCGCCGCCCCCGUCGUCAUCAUCUUCUUCGUCGGCCACUACUUGUGGCACAGGACGUCGUAUAUCCGCGUCGUCGACAUGGACGUCGAUACCGGCCGGCGCGACUUCAACCUGCCUAUAUUGAUCGCCCAGGAGAGAGAGGAGAGGAAGAGCUGGCCCAAGUGGAAGAAAUUGUAUAAAAUAUUGUGUUGAGAGGGUUUAUCAGGAUUUUGCACACUUUUGACUAUUUCUUUUUCCCUUUUUCUUUUUCUUUCUCCUUUUCUAGAUGCUGACAUAUAUGUCUUGACCCAUCCACAAUUUCGGGCAUGUCUCUCCUUGUUUAUGAUUUCAUGUUUUUUUUAAUGUCAGUUUUGUAUCAUGCUUUAUGAGGGAAGAUAUCGAAGAUACCAAGGGAAGCGAAGCAAGGGGUUAGGGAAAAGGGGGACGGCGGGGGUAAAUGAAAGGGGUAUUUAUGUCUAGGUGUUUGGGGAGGGGUUUAUAUAUAGCCUUUGCGUUUGGUCUUUGAUCUAGUAAUGUAAGUAUCGAAUGAAGUAGACGUAGACAAGAGCAUCGACAGGGUUGGCAGAAUUCCCUGGAAGUUUAGUUACGUACGUUAGACAUUCAAAGUUAAAUGGGACAUCGGAUGAUGAUUAUUCAGUUCACUCGUGUCGGAAAAUAAUUG